AUGCCUUCUAAACCACCCCGUGUAAGUCCCAAAAAGGAAGGAGCUAUGACCACCACCCACCCAUGCACCCCACUUUUGCGCAACCGCCAAGCCCGGAACACCCACAAGCUCCAAGCUCGCCUUGGUUGCGCAGCCGUUCAAUUGGGAUUCUUUUUUGAGAAGUCCAUCAUCAGACGAUCUUCCACACCUACCAACACCCACGGUCACCACCAUUCGGUCACACCAAACAUGAAUUCAAUACCAAGAAUAACCCGGCGCCUAGCCGCCACUUCCCAGAAACGCUUCUUCACCCCCAACACCCCCCGACGAGCGAACCCCCAGCAACACCCACACUACCACCAACCCACCCCCUCCGGCUCCAAGUCCUCCAACCCAGAAAUGGACAGGAUACACCAGCUCUACCGCCAGCGGAACCGUUCAACCGCCUUUUACACCAUCUCUGUGAUCCUCGGCACAGUGGCCUUGAGUUAUGGUUCAGUACCAAUGUAUAAAAUGAUCUGCCAAACAACUGGCUGGGGUGGACAACCCGUCCGCGCCCACGGCGGCUCCUCCUCCUCCUCCUUCCCCGACGAAGACAUAACCGCCAAACUCAUCCCCAUCACCACAUCCCCCCGCAUCCGCGUCUCCUUCUCCGCCUCGGUCUCCGACCUCCUAGACUGGAAAUUCGUUCCACAACAGCGAGAAGUUCGGGUUUUACCGGGAGAGACAGCGCUGGCGUUUUAUACCGCGACGAACAACUCUGACAAGGACAUCAUCGGGGUUGCGACCUACUCUGUCACACCAGCACAGGUGGCGCCCUACUUUAGCAAGAUUCAGUGCUUCUGUUUUGAGGAGCAGAGGCUCCAGGCCGGGGAGACGGUGGACAUGCCGGUUUUCUUUUACUUGGAUCCGGAUCUGCUAAAUGAUCUCAACAUGAGAGGGGUGGAGAGCGUGGUGUUGAAUUAUACUUUUUUCAAGGCUAGGUAUGAUGAUCAGAAGUGA